UACCUGCUUUCCACCACUUUCCUCGUUUAACCUUCCCUUGGGUUCAGCUGGUCAUCAGCAUGCCUUCUACCGAGAACACCUCAAAACUUUUCCUGGUCCUCGUUUCAUUGCUGCUGGCACUGCCAGUAGUUGAAGCUCUGGACACAGGAGAUGCCAUUGCCUUCCUGCUAGGCCUUGCUGUUAGUGUCGUCGGAUUCUGUGCCUGCCUUGGGCUGUAUGCAAGGAAAAGGAAUGGCCAGCAAUAACUUCA